CAGAUUUGCAGGCACGUCCACGCUCUCUCCAGAGAUUUUUCCUUCUCCUCGGCGUUGCUCUGCUGAACAAACCCUAAUCAGUGAAUUUUUCUGGAAUUUCUCUCUUCCCAAUCAGCGAAGCUCCCUCCACAUGGCGACUAUCAGUCUCCGGAAGGGCAACGCCCGGCUCCCACCGGAGGUGAACCGGGCACUGUACGUGCGGAACCUGCCGUUCAACAUCACGAGCGAGGAGAUGUACGACAUAUUCGGCAAGUACGGGGCCAUCCGGCAGAUCCGCAUCGGGACGAGCAAGGACACCCGCGGCACGGCGUUCGUGGUAUACGAGGACAUCUACGACGCCAAGACCGCCGUCGACCACCUCUCCGGCUUCAACGUCGCGAACCGAUACCUGAUCGUGCUGUACUACCAGCCCGCGAAGAUGAACAAGAAGUUCGACCAGAAGAAGAAGGAGGACGAGAUCGCGAAGAUGCAGGAGAAGUACGGUGUCUCUACAAAAGAUAAGUAAAAAAAUGAUUUUGUAUGAUUUUUUAGGUUUUCGUAUGAAUCUCUUAUUUUAUGUAGAACAGUGCCUUCUCUGUGUAGUGUGCUGUGGGAUGACAUGAGGAAUUUUAAUACAGCGAAGCUUUAUGUGGUGUAUAUGAGUCUGAGCUUAAUCAGCAUCCUUCUGUUUCGAUUGUUGUGAAUUAUUGAGAUCGAAGCCUUCCA